AUGUCAAGACCAUUUCUCACGACUUUCGACGAAACACGUUCUCCAAUGACUUCACCACCACCCAUCGGAACACCUUCAGCUCCCCUUCUUGCUCCAGCUUUCAAAACGAACCUUAACCGCGCAAAAUCAAAACGUUGGGUAGAGGCGAAAACUGUCGACUACGGUGGUGGGGGUUGGGGAGAUGAUGACGACUUCUAUGAGGACGAAGACUACGAAGAUGAUGGGUACGAACCAUCCUCAGGUGGUCAGGGAUACUCUCAACAAGAUGCCUCAUAUGGGAGGAAAGAAGACGUGCCGCCAAUCCCAAAGCCAGUCAUAAAGCUCUCGGAUCUAGGUAGACCGGCAAAUGGAAGUUCAGUUCCGAGGGUAGAGACACAAUCUCCGGAUCUGGGAAUACCUUUACCGCCGACACCAUUAGAGAUGGAGCAGCAAGAGCAGGCUUCACGAAAGAGCGCUUUUCCAUUUUAUAAUAGUCCGCAACAUUCUCCGGGUGGGAUACUUCAGUCUUUCUUACCUCAAAUCAUGACUUCUCGUUCGUCAAGCCCUGCUAGGGGUAUUCAAAGGGCCCAGACAAUGGGGGUGGAUAAACCACUUCCAAUGUAUAGCCCAUCGUCUCCUCCACCUCCUCCCCCUGCGAAGGAUCAAUAUCAUCCGCCGAGGGAAUAUUACUCUCCGAACUCUGUAUCCAGGUCAUCAUCACCUGGGCGGGAAUCAUCACCUCAACCGUUCGGAAUGGGGUACGGGUACUCUUCAAUGGGACCCGGCACGGGCCAAAAAGCACAAGGCUCGCUUUCCACAGUAGAUAAUAACCCAGAUAGUCCGAAUAGACCAAUGCCACUUCCCAAGGAUAGCCCAGAUAGUGAUAAACAACUUCCACCUUGGCAAAAUUCACCUCCUACUCAAUCAGACUCGACAUCACCUACUUCACCCCCACUUCCGCCCCCACUUCCACCAAAAAAUGACCCGCAACAGAGUGAACAGUCUCAUGUGCGCUAUAGUACACCUGCCAAUGUGGAGUAUUCUCAAUCCCCACUGCAGGGUAUCAAAAGAGCAGAAACUACACCACUUAGAUCAAGUUGGGGAUCAGCACCACAAAGCUCACCUGCCCAGAAACAUUCAAUUCCUCGACGUCCUACGAAUAAGAGCAAGAACUUACCAACUUUGGGAAACCAUGAUCAAUCUGGAAGUAACAGAAGCUCUGAAGGGUCACAACUACAAUAUUCCCUUGAACAAAGGCAUGAUCAGCCCGGAAGUCCCCAAAGUUCACAGGGACGACAAUCGCCUGAGGUUACACGCGACCAACAGUCAAGUCCGAUGAGCUCUCAAGGACGGCAAUCACCCGAAAAAAGACGUGAUCAGACUGGAAGUGAUAUUAGCUCCAAAGCUCAUUACUCCCCACCUACUCAAGGGGUCGAUUAUGUAGACCAAGAGUACUAUUUUGCUCCAAAUCCCCAACAAUCGCAGCCUCAACGUGCAUCUUCUCAGGAAGUUUCAUAUGCAGACGAAGAGUACUAUUCACAUCCAAGUCAACAGCAGUAUCGCCCGCCCUCACAGCAGGUUCAACAGUCUUUCGCUCCUCAAUAUCAACCUAUGAUAUCUCCACAAUCACAGAUGCCCCUACAGCAGUCUGAGCCCAUAAUAGCGGUUAACUCUAUCCUUCCACCCCCUGCUCACUCAUCUUCACCCCCUGCCCACUCAUCUUCACCCCCUGCCGCUCCUCCCUCUCUGCCAGCUCCCGAGUCUCCAAGUAGGCUUAUCCGCCCAUCAGAAAUAUACGCUCGCAUCGGCGAGGAACGAGAAAAGGAACGCAGGGCUAGUGAUGCAGACAGCAGAUCCAAAUAUAUGGCCGGCCGCAAUAGUAUAGAUUCUACAGCCAGCGGCGGUGUCCCCGUAAUGCAUAAUUCCAGCCUUGGCGUCGAUUCACAACGCGGUCACCUCUCCUUGGACCCCCAACAGGCCUGGAACAGAGGUGGCGAUCGUAUGCCUGAGCUCCGAGAGAGCAAUGGGAGUCGACCCAGCAGUCGCCAGGAGUCUAUUAGGAGAAUAAGUCGUUCUGGGAGUCGUACUCAUAGCAGAUCUAGUAGUCGUGCUGAGGGUUCUCGGCCUAGCUCUCGGCAGGAGAUGGCUAGGAGUCCCAGUCCUUUCCCACCGCCUACUAGUGCAUUACCGCCCAUCCCGUUAACAACAGUUCCAGCAAGCCCUAUUCUUGAUAGGGUAAUCGAUGCACCGGCCUCGGAGCAUGAAAAAAGGCAGAACGAGCAGCAGGAGAAGAGGGUGUCAACUUGGGACGAUGGUAUCAUCUCCAGCUAUGGUGGCUCUGAAGAUAUUGAUGUAGAAUACCGGGAUCACCAAAUUCAGCCAUUCGACCCUUCAAGCUUCGGUACUAUCCACGAGUCUCCACAAACACAGUUCAACACCCGAGUCGAGUCCGAGCUCGAAAGAAGUCCCAGCGGCGGUUUCAAGUCUAUGGUCAGCAGCGCCUUCCAAAGACAAGACACACACAAUCACCCCACGCCGGCCACGCCGAUCUCUCCAAUCCCCUCUGAAGAUGACAAUCUAGUCGCCCCCUGCGGUGGCAGCAUUGACGAUACCAUCUCUCCUAUCCUCCCACGCGGACCUGCUAAUUUCGCUGCCAUUCAGCGCACAAACACUACCCCUCUGCCUCCGACAUCACUUUCCCCUCCACCUCACCACAUGUUGGAGAGAAGUAAUACAGAGAGAAAAUCAAAAGAUGAGUCUCAUACCACGAGGACUCCGUUCAGGAAAUCAAUGGGUGCAGAGAGAAGUGUACCAAUUAUUGUGCCAAUGUUAGAUACACAGGGUUCGAGAGGCGAGAUUGCAGAGGUGACGCCAGAUACACCGGCAUUGGGUAAAAGGAGAGAUGGACCACCGGUUUGGGUUUCGUCUCCCCAGGAUGAGGGUAGUGACAAAGCUGGGGCCAUGGAGCGAAAAGAUACCAUCGAGAGCCAGGAAAGUCAAGAGAGCCGGGAUAGUCAAGAAAGUCAGAGUGCCAAAGGUAAUAGAAGUCCAGAAAAGGAUUAUCUAGACACAUUCCUUGGCGAAUUAGAACGAGCACAAUCCCCUGCGCCGGAAGAUACGCCCCCGGUUGAUACACCGCCUAGGCAACAGCAAAUUUACGAUCCUUCCACAUUUGAAGCCACAGACCAAUCUCAAUUCCAGCAACAGCAACAGCAUAGACAACAGCAGCCAUUUGGGCCGGAUAGCUUUGGAGUGGACCAGAAUCCGGAGCAUCAGAAACAAGGGCAGCAUGGGGGUUGGCAGCAGCAGCAAUUAUAUGCAGGGGAGGAAGAGGAACGGGUGCAUCGACAGGAAACAUAUGAGGGAGAGCAACAGCAGCAGAGACAUCCUGGACCCGACGGCCUUGGACAGCGACAACAGGUGCCACCUUCGCCGCCGCCACCACCGCUGCUGCCGUUCGAUCCGUCAAGCUUCGGCGCUGUACAUAUAGCUCAAGAGCAGCACCCACACGAGCAUCAGCAGCAGCCGUUUGAUCCGUCGAGUCUUAGCUUUACCAACCAGCAAGGGGUUCCACCACCACCACCACCACCUCAUCAUCAUUCGCCAUCACAGCAGCAGCAGUACGGACAGCAGCAGUACGAGCACCGACAAUAUGAACAGCAGCAGUACGAUCAGCAGCAGUACGAUCAGCAGCAGUACGAUCAGCAGCAGUACGAACAGCAUCAGUACGAACGGCCUCAGCAAGCUCAGUAUGAACAGCACCAACAACCCUACUGGGAACAGCCCCAUCCGCCACCAAACAGCCACAGCACCAAUAGAGAGAGCGUUGGGGUCUUGGGCCUCUAUGAUAGUUACUGGACCCAGGAAGAGACUCAAUCUCUUCCACCCCCGCCCCCGGUAAAGAAUCCGAGAAGACCAAGCGCGCCGGAUCUCCAACUGCUUUCGGCCAUGUCAGCGUCCUCGAAUCGGGACUCGGUAUCUGACCUUCCUCCUCUUCCACUUCCAAAGGGCGGCCCUACUACAGUGAGGAUUAUACCUACACCUGUCUCGAUCCCAGAUGUGUCUGUCCCAGUAGAGAGACCUGAAUCGACUCCAGCCAGUGCGUCGGAGAUACCGGAUAGCGAAUUGUUGGAGAUGAUGAUUGCAAGGAGGCAGUUCUUGGCCAGAACGCAGACCGGAAUUUCAGGAGCCGGUGAGAAGGAGGAAAAAGAGAAGGGGAAGGCCAACAAGGAAGUGGAAGACAGUGUAGAGGCACAAGUGGAUGAGAAGGAAAAGGGGGUUGAGGGGAAGAAAUCAGUGGAAGGCGAUAGAACUGAUGUUGAAGAUGGGGACGAUGACAUGUUGAUCGUACAUGGCCAUCGAGUGAUUAAUGAUGACUCAAUGAACGAUCCACAUCCAGUUAUCGAGGUGCAAAGAGAAGGAACCCCUGAGAUCAGAAUAAACCCUCCAGUUGAAGGGCUCGAGGUCAUCCCACAAACGCGCAUCCUUGGCCCCGAAAGCGAGGGUAUCGAAGCUAUCACAGGACCCGUCAUUCAACCGCCGAAAAAAGAAGAGGACGGGGAUGGUGAAAAGACGCCUAUGCAGAGUGAUUACGCCAGGGAACUUUUAAACCAGUUUUCCCGGCCACAGACGUUGAUGCUGAAAGAAACCAUGCCAAUGCCUUCUGGAGUCCUGGUAAUGCCGCCUAUGCCACCUAAGGAAGAGGGCGAGGAGGAGGUUCCCGACGUGGUCGACUUUAGUGAAAAGGACGAGGAUGAAGAUACCGAGAUUACUAAAGAAGGACUUACAGUAAAGGAACCUAGUAACGCUGGAUCCGUUGAUGUAGGAAGGAUAAGACAAUAUAUGGACCCACGUGAUGCUGCUCGUCUUCCUAAUUCUGAUGAUCGGGUUGCGGCCUAUAACCAGGCUCGAAAAAUAAUCGGAGAGACGCCUACUGGCUUGAACAACUGGAUCAAAUACAUGCUAGAGGAGAACGGGGGCACGCAGACGUUAAUGCUUGGAGCAGAAUCACAGUCAAGGCCUCAGACCUCAAACGGAAGAGUUCAACAGCAACCGCAACAACAACAACAACAGCAGCAGCAGCAACAGCACUUUACGCCGAUGGCUAAGCAGCCAAGUGCUGAAUCAGACCAUCACUCGACUCCAUCUGGAGACUCGCCAAUCUCUCAAGUACCCUCACCAAGUGGCUCGAGGCCUAGUCAGACGAAUAUGAACGGCAACGGUGGACAUAGUGCAGGUGGACACAGUACAACCCCAACACCCAGCAUCGUAACCGGUGGUUCUGGUGGGUCAGGUAUGAUGCAUGCGCCCAUGGAUAAAGCUGUAGACAAGGCAAAGGGCUUUUUAAGUAGAUUUGGUGGAAAGAAGGGUAAGGACCCUAAGGAUUCGAAUCCAUCUACAUCGUCAAACCCCUUAUUUUCUCAGCCAGCGUUUCAACAUGCACAGCAACAGCAGCAAGGACCGUCUACUGGAUUUCAGGGGCACCAGAGGCAAGUUUCGCAGCAGCUUUUGCAGCAACAGCAACAGCCCCAUGGACAGCCUGCUGGAUUUCAGGGACACCAGAGGCAAGUUUCGCAGCAGCUUUUGCAGCAACAACAACAGCCCCAUGGACAGCCCUCUUCACACCCCCCCCCUCCUCCUCCUCCGCCGGCGCAACUUUCGCAGGUUAAUCAAGCUCAAAACGAUCUUGCGCAGUUGGUUCAACGGGGGCAAAAUUUGCAGGUUCAAUCUACACCCCAGCCUCCUACGCUUCAACCAGCAGGUCCACCACCCAGGACGUCAGGAUACCCACCAGGGCAGCCGCCGCUACAACCGGUACCGGUACCACCACAUAGGCCUAGAUCCCAACCGCAGCCGCCACAUCUAAUUAUACCAGGUUCAAUUAUCUCCCAGCAACGCUCAGUGUCCGGGUCCGGUCCAUUUCCCCAUCAAUCAUCUCAGCAAGCGCCUCAGCAGGUGCCCCAACAAACGGCAGUGAACUCGGUCAACCAACAAUAUCAACAGCCAACUAGCACACCGCCGCAGAAACAAACACCCCCUCCCCCUCCCCCAGAGCCUGCUAGAUCAUCUCCUCAUUCUCAUGGCACAGAGGACAAGGUAUCAGAGCAUAGUAGUACUCCACCUGCUACCCAGGGUAUGCCACCACAGCAAACUCAAACCUUCCCCAAUAGGUCUGAUAGCCUGUACUCCCAGAAGCAGUUUCAGGAUUCGCGAACAUCUUCACUUGUGACCACACAGAGGCCUGAUAGGAGUGAUUCUCUCUCUUCAACAAAGGAGAUGCACCAAAGGAACAUGAGGUCAGAUUCACUUUCUCGACAACAGCAACUGCAGCAGAUCCCAAAAAGGUCUGAUUCGUUGACUUCCCCACCUAUUUUGAUUAAUUCCGACAGCACAAUCUCUCCAUUAUCUGCACACCCACAUAAGGCUCAAGGGGCAUUCCAAUCUAUCCCGCAAAAGCCUUCACCACCGGCAGAAAGCCGUUAUGCAGGGGAAAGACGUGGGCAAAAUGCUUUUGCUCCUCGCGAUGACGACCCUGAAGAAAAACCUGAGGAGCCUAAACCCCCACAGACGCAGCAGCAGCCAGCACAGAUCACUGGUCCUGUUUCGGGUAGUGUGCCAGCUAUCACUUCAGAGCCCCGACUGGGUGCCAAGCAAACACCGCAGAUGAACUAUAUGGAGUCCCAUCCAGGACCUUAUAUGGGCAAUGAGCAACAAAAAGGAUUCAUAUCAAACCAGAUGACUGGAGCUCUGCCGCAGCUCAGUAGGCAGGAAUCUAAUGACGAUGAUUUCUAUUCUAUGCCUCCACCGCCUCCAAAGAUGCAGACGCAGCAGCCAUCACCACCAAGAGUAGUCACUGGGGGUGGGUUAUACUCCGAGCAACAACAGCAAUAUCAGCAAGGCUACCAGGGCGGUCCUCCGCCGCAAGCAGGUCACGGUCGUUUCCCGCAAAACCCGGCAGGAUUUGCAGUGGAUCAUACUCGACCAAGGCAGCCUUCUGGUGCUGGGCAACCGGGUCUUGGAUCUCCGCAGGUCGGGUCACCCGCCCCUCAACUAGGCCCACUAGGACCUCAAGGCCAAUUCUUCGGCACUCAAUUUGCUCCAGGGGAUCCUCGGGACCCUCGCGGUCUAUUUAAAGGGGGUCCCCAGUUCCAUCAUGGGCCACCAUUUCACCCUGGACAGCCUAUCUCGAUUGGACAGCAGCCAGAAGCUCCGGGAGUUAGACGUACAUCGUCUGGCUUAAUGAAGACUCUCAGUGGUGUUAGCGGCAAACAGCGACCAUCUACAGAUUCGAACCUUCAGCCCCCAAACAGUGCGGGCUCACAUUAUGAGGGAUCGACUACUAGCUCACAGGAAAAGAAACGAUCGAGCUUCUUUGGCAACCUGAAAACUAAGAUGGAUGAAAGCGUGAAAUCCCCUCAACAGGCACAAAAUGUAAUUCCUAAAACAAUCAGUCAGGAAAUAAAGCAAGAAGGCGAAAGAAGGUCGUCGUCAUUCAUGAAGGGUAGGAAGAAGGAUAAAGGUGAAGGAUCGGGAAGCUCGAAGGAAAAGAAGGAGAAAAAGGAGAAAAAGAGUCAUAAGAAAGUUUUUUCAAUGGACGUGUUUGGAAGGACAGGAUCCAUGCUUGGUAAAUUGACAAAGUCACCAUCGCCGACACCGUCUCAGGCCUCCGCACACAAGCCGCCACCGCCACCGCCACAACAGCAACAGCAACAGCAACAGUUCCAGACACGACAGGUGCAGCCACAACACCAACCGCAGCAACCACAGCUGCAACCACAGCACCUGCAGCAGCGUUCUACUGGGCAUGGAAAUUACAACCCGUGGAAUGGGAACUCUCCCAUACCACAGCAACAAGGUGUCUAUGUCGAAAACCUAAAUGCGCAGCAGUCUCCGCGUCUUGCUCAAGGGCGGGGAAGCCCACUGGCAGGUUCUGCUGUGGCACCUCAUCCACUUCAGCAGCAGGUGCAGCAGCAACCACAAUCAUCUCCUCUCCCACCGUCAGCGACUCAUGCUCCCCCUCCACAGCAAGGACAGCCGCAAUACGCGCCUGUUCCUAUUCCACAAGGCUACACACGCCCUCAGGGCGAAUACGCAUAUCAACAACAACAGCACCUACAGCAAGCUCAAGGGCAUAGACAAGAGUUCACAAAUAUAGACCCAAGGACUGGUCAAUCACCAUCUAUCAACAUAUCACCGUCUAUUAAUAGGAACCCCUCGCAAGUUUCUUCGCAAAUCUCGGAUAUUCGAACUUCAGACAGUCGGAACAUAAGCCCGAAUUUGUCGCGAGCAGGAACACAAGCUUCGCGGACAUAUGAAACGACUCGUUCUCUGAGCCCGAAUUCUGAAGCAGGCACACAAUAUGGACGACGACCCUCUGUGCGGGAGGGGGAUAUCUCAGAGCACCCGAGUUCUACCCAGCCCUCAAUUAAGGAAGGAGAAGUGCAAAACGACAUUCAACGGUAUCAGCAGCCGUUGCCGCUUCCACAGUCGGUUGCUCAAGUCAAGGGUAGCGGUAGCGACCACGAGAUAUCGCCGCGUAGCACACCACUACCGGUCUCUCCUCCACCCAUGAAUACUCCCUUUGGUCCUCCUCCAACCCAAAUAGAAGAGAGAUCACAAACCGUUUCGCCGACUCCACCGCCUCAUCCUCCUAAGGUUGUUGAGAAUAAACUGCUCGAAACAGAGAAAAAGACACCCUAUGAUGCUGGAUCCUCAAGGCAACCGGGUGGUGCGACUAGUUCAAGGGACCCAUCUCCCGCCUUUACGGGGGCAUCCCACGCUUCCGCAAAUGAGAGAACGCCAACUCUAGCACAUAAGGAGACAGAGCAGGAGGAGUAUGAUUUCUCGACAGAGAAGAUUGCGGUCAACCUAGAUUUACAUGGUGAGGCGAGCAAACCAUUCAAGAAGGUGGGGACAGACGAUGAAGAGGAAUACACUAUGAGUGCUACGGCCUAUCCGGGGCAGGCGUGGGAUCCAAGUUACAAUGGGUGGUAUUAG